UAAAUAAUCGAAACGCAAAUGAAGCACGGGCAGGUAAGUAGAACUACAGUAAACCCUUGUUAAUUGAGACACAUAUGGGCCUCUGGCCUUGCCGAAUUAUUCAAUAUUCCGAAUUAUGUACAAAGGUACUCCCCAUUGUACAUAAUAGCGACGUUUAUCCUGUAGAUAUGCCUAAAGCGCAGCCGUGCCAAAUUAUCCCCAAUUACGAUCAAAUACCGAAAUGACGAGGUUCUACUUACUUUCAUCAAACCUUUCAUCAAACCCUAUGUACGUGUAGGGGAGUGUACAAGAGAAGGUUCUGGAAGGGCGAGUUGAGGAGAUGGUUGAAAACAGGUGGCUGGACACGCGUUGGCUGGACACAAAGUGGGGGGCCCCCUGGCCGAUAGGGCCGGGCCCGAGCGAGGCACACGCGGUCUGACCGGGCGGUUGUUCAGGGGACUAAUCGACGACCAGAGAGGUGGGCGACAUCGAGGCCGAAUGUUCGAGAUCUGACAGUGGAAACCAUCGGGGUUGGCUGUUAAAGACUCGGACUGAGUGGAAACCACCGGGGCUGAAGAAAGCCAUCAUCAGCGUGGCAGUCGUUACGCUCACAUUUUGUAUACGUUCGGAUAAAUGCAGCUCAAACUUCCUUGAAAACGGAUGUCUCCAAGGAGUUUAUUUUACAUGUUCUUUAACGUAAUUUUUUGUUAACCGAUGCAAAGCUGCAGUUAGAUACAAGGACCAUUGACCUCAUGGUAGAUCGAGUGCUCAGCCGGCACAAUCUCAGCAUAGCAAGAAUUCACCUGGGAAACUGACACUGAACCUUCAGGCCGGCAGUUAUAAUGAAGAGGGUUGAGAGGCAUGGAAAUAUAUAAUAGAUGAUGUUUUGAGCAAUUACCUUCUUUUUCCUUUUACAGCAGUUGUAUUGAUGAACGUGACGUCUUUGUUUUAUAUCCGAAGUGUGCUUUAUCACAAGUUGUCCAUCACCUUCCCCCUACCAAUACAAUGUAUGUUGAACUUCUUUCGCACCGUACGUAACCAACCGUGCUAAUCGGAGGUGCGGUGGGGGGGGGGGCGACAAAAACAUACGUCGCUUAUAUCAAAACUGUGCUGGUAUCAUGUGUGCUUAUAUCCCGCUUCUACUGCGGUAAAAGAAUGCGUCCCAUUGUCCACGACAUCCUUCCUGAUAUACACUGCCGUGGUGGUGUGACACCAGCGAAGGUACCACCAAAACACGUGUUUCUGAAAAAACAAUCUCAACGUGCUCUGUAGGUGAUGGAGGACUCCGUAACGCCAACAAACGCCAAGACCAGUUUGUGGGCCAGCUUACCACUCCGCUCCUAUCAGAGUGGAGCUCUGGCCGGCUCGGCCAGCGUUCUCGUCAGCACGGCCCUCACCUUCCCCAUCUUCAAGGCGAGCACUCGGCAACAGAUGGCCCUGAGUCUCUCGGCACGGCCGGUGUUGGCGCAGCUGCUAAGCGAGGGCCUGAAGUCCUUGCUGCUGCGUGGACUCUUGGCUCCCAGUUUGCAGCGCGUGCUUUGCCGCUCGAUAAUGUACGGUAACUACGAGUUCGUCCUGGGGAAGCUGGCCCACAUGGGGCCCAGGCUGACCGACCGGAGCCGUUUGGCCUGCUCCCUGGCCGCCCUGCUCUCCGGAACGCUGGAGGCCGUGCUCACACCCCUCGAGAGGGUGCAGACUCUGCUGGUGAAUCCGCAGACCCGCGGGCAGCACGCCUUCCGGCACUCCUUCUCCGCUCUUUCGCACCUCGGCACGCUGGGCUUGCGCGAGCUGUACGUCGGACUCACGCCCGUACUGCUCCGAAACGGACCCAGCUUCGCCCUCUACUUGUAUAUCAAGGACAGCGUCACGCUGCUCGUGCCCGCCUCCGUUCGAGGCCGCAGCACUUUUCUGGAGGGUGCGUUCAUGGGUGGCUUCUCGUCCCUGCUCACGGGCCUCGCCUUCUACCCGCUCAACACCGUCAAGGUGCAAAUGCAGGCCCGCAUCGAGAGGCAUCAUCUGGGCUUCCUGGCCACUGCACGCGACGUGGUGUGGCGGCAGGGGACCAGGCGGCUCUACCGCGGCGUUACCGCGCAUUGCCUGGGCUCCAUCAUCUCGUGGGCCGUGUUUGAGGGGUCCUACCGGGUCAUAAUGGAAAUGAUGUAGAGCACUACACCACCACAAGCCUGUUGGGAUAUAUGUGGUUUGUGACUAAAAGAGGUUUGUAUAAAACGAUCUCGGGCAAAACAAAUUUUGGUUGGCUUUCUUACUCUGCCAGCAAUUUUACAAAUUGAAAAAAAAAACUUGGCUCAGAAACAAAGUUUGGAUCGAUUUCAGAAUGGUCUCAUUCAAAGAAUCCUGAUAAAAAAUUCGUAGGGGGGGGUUUACUAGGUUGAGGUAUGCGACUGAAAUGAAAACAAUUCAGGUUCUAUACCGGCGACUGAGGGCGAAUACGAAUGUAGGUGUCAAAUGCUUCAAUGGAUUUUAUGAUGGUACAUUUUAAAACGAGACCUAUGUUUAAACGUUUAAAGUGCAUUUACGGUAUAAUAUAUUAAGGAAAUGCAUCUUUAUAAGAGUGCUUCUCAACCUUGUUGGUAUGGCAGCAAAAUCCCCCACACCCUCCAGGUUACUAAGGCCAUAAGAAAGAUAUCCACGCCUCUAGUCAAGUGUUAAUGAGGCACGUGCUUUGAGUAUGAUUGUUUUAGCGCUGCAACGUAGCGGAGACAUCAUUACUCGCGCAUUGAACAUUUCUCCUGAACGGUAUCCAUGCCGCAGCUCGUGCUCCCCCCUGAACGGCUUUAAUGUCCCCCAGGCGUACGGAUCCCCAAUGCGAUGAGAACCGCCGAUUUACAAAGAGCCCUAAUUAUGAUGUGACAAAAUGUAUUUGAUACGAAACACUUGGCAGGAAAUGGAGAUUUGGGGCCGUCCAUAAAUGACGUCAUGCACCUAGGGGGGUGGGGGGGGUCAGACA